AUGCGCCAGAGCCAGGAAAAGCCAGAGGUCGAGCACCGCGAGUCGAUUGACGACAUCGAGAAGGUCGCGCCGGUCGAGGAGCUGCCGCUCGAUCCCAAGAUGGACCGGCGGGUCAAGUUGAAGAUCGACUUCAUCCUCAUGCCGGUGCUGUGCUUCAUCUAUGCCCUCAACUAUCUCGACAAGACGGCGCUCACGUACGCCUCAGUCAUGGGCCUGUUUAAGGAUACUGGCAUCAAUGGGACGCAGUACUCGUGGGUGGCGUCCAUCUACUACUUUGGCUACCUCGUCGGCGCCUACCCUAUGGUAAUCGGGCUGCAGCGAUUCCCGUCAGCCAAGUUCACCGCCAUCAACAUUGUGAUCUGGGGCGUAGCUGUGGCCUGCACGGCGCUGUGUAAGAACUACGCGGGGCUCCUCGGACUUCGCUUCAUGCUUGGCGUCUUCGAGGCCGUCAUCUACCCGGCGAUCGUCAUGAUCACAGCCGAGUGGUACAAGCCGCGCGAGCAGGGCACACGCACGGGCGUGUGGGGCUCGAUGACGGCGUGGGGUUGCAUCCUCGGAGGUGCAGUGGCAUACGCGCUCGUGGAGCGGCAGACAGCCGGCACGCUCGCCAUCCCAGGCUGGGAGAUUGUCUUCAUCUGGCUCGGGGCCAUGACGGUUUUCUGCGGGGUCGUCUUCUUCUUCUUCGUUCCCGACAGCAUUGAGAAAGCGUGGUUCCUCGACGCUGAGGAGAAAGCCGUCGCGCAUCGCCGCACCCUCGAGAACAAGCAGCACAUCGGCGAACGCGAGUGGAAGUGGUACCAGGUGCGCGAGUGCCUGCGCGACCCCCAGUGUUACCUCCUGCUCUUCGUGACGAUUUGCUCGAACAUCCCCACGGGCGGUUUGACGAACUUCUUCGCCCUUAUCGUGCAAGGGCUCGGCUUUACGCCUGCCGAGACCCUCCUCCUAACGAUGGGGAACGCGACACUCGGCAUCGCCACGAUGGUGCUCAUGUUCGCAGGCGACAAGGCGCGCUGCCGCUCCCUCGUGUCCGGCCUCGGGCCGCUCAUCUCCAUCGCAGGCGCCGCGAUGCUCUGGGCGCUGCCGGCCGAAAAGAAGAUUGCGCGCCUCAUCGGCUUCUUCCUGUGUAUCUGGAACUCGAUCGCGACGUACAUCAUCACGUCGUUCAUCACGACCAACAUCGCUGGCCGCACGAAGAAGUCUGUCAUGAGUGGCGCGUACCUCGUCGUCUUCUGCGUCGGAAACCUCAUCGGCCCGCAGACGUUCAGGGAGAAGUAUGCCCCACGUUACGCCCCGGCGCUGAUUACGCACAUUGCCCUCACGUCGACGAACGUAUGCCUCUUCGUUGUGCUCUUCCUCUACUACCGCAGGGAGAAUGCGCGGCGCGACCGCGAGCACGGGCCCGUCGUGCCCGUCAAGAAGGACGAGUGGGUCGAUCUGACCGAUGUGGAGAACGAGACGGGGUUCCGCUACGUGUAUUAG